AUGUCCAACCGCUGGAUCGGUCUAUACAUAUUACUUUCAAUUAUGCUGCCAUCAGCUUUAUCGUAUAACAACAUCACUUAUGUCGAGAAUGAAGACAUGUUACAAAUAUGGACCUCAUGGCCAAGCUACAAUAAUGGUGCAAUAAUUCAGCUACUUAAACAAGUUAACGAUACCUGCUUCGAACCACGAAUAUUUGUUCGCAACGUUUACCAAAAUGGAACUGUCUUCGCGUUCACUAUCGAAUAUCCUUGGCCUGAGUUUAAUUUCUGCAGAAUUCCUAAUUUUCAACCUCCGGUUGAGGGCGAUGUUCCUAUACAAUUUUCUGUAUUCGGAAAUGAUCAUUCGUUCAUACCAUUUUUUCGAAUUGUUAAUGGAGUUUAUGAAGGGCGAGCAAUAAUUGUUUCGGGGCAAGGAGAAAUACUUGCUAGUGAAAUAUGGCUAGGACCCUAUGCUACGUAUAUUGAGACGUUGUUUCGUACACCCUUACUGCGAGAUGUGAACAAUGACGAACAAUUUUAUUUGCGCUUUGUAUCGGGAAUGGCUGACCGACUUGCCUGGACCUAUGUCAAACUAAGCCUGGAACCUUUCGAAAUAAAAGAAAUUCGUUAUGGUAUUUAUGAUAAGCCAAUAGUGCGUGGAACAACAAGCACUGCUUUUGUGACUGUAAGCGGUAGUCUUGCUGCUCCGGAAGUCCACAAGAUUUCCACUGAUAACUCCUCUCAAGUUGGUUCUAAAUGGGAAGUUAACGUGUCAUUUUUGAACUCGGAUGCAAACAAGCCAACGAAAUAUUAUUUGAUAUAUGAAACUUCAGUUCCGCCAUCAGUGUAUUAUUAA